CAAGAGUUGUCCCCAUCGUACGGGGAACAAUUUCGCAGACUGUGAUGCGUUACUUCACCCGCUCCGAGCUUGCCUUCUCUGUGCCCUUUUUUGGUAUCGUAUAUCGUUUUGGUUGUCUUUCGCGAAAUCCCGGAUAAAUCAUUAGGUUUUGAUGCAUUAAAAUACUCUCAUGUUCUCACAGGUAGCAACCCAUAGUUUUCCUGAUGAUUGUUGGGUUUCCAUUCAUGGGAACGUUUUCAACGUUACGAACGUCGUCCUUGAUAGUCUUGGUUCAUGGAGCCACCUCUUGAGAAAGGAGGCUGGGACUGACAUUUCUAGAUGGUUUGUCAAUUGCAGUGCCGGCAAUCUUGACCACAUGACCGCCAACUUGGACCUUUCCGUCAAAGUGAAUGUUGACCCAGUGAUGAAUAUUCACCAUCCCUACUUUAUUGAUAGCAGCGUGCUGAUCGAUGCACCUUCGACAAACGUAGACACUGAUGCUAUUGUGCCAAUUCCCUGGUGGGAGGAUGAAUCACUCAUUAUUGGCAGAUUGACAUCUCUGGCUCGCAAAGUUCGUCUGAGGAAUGUGUUGACGGGUCAAGAACAUAUCCUAGAAGUUCCAAAAGAGGAAAAAGUGUCUGGAAUUCGCGAACGGUACCUUGAGUACAACUGGCACGCAAGAAGCUAUACGUGGAAAGUUUUGCGGAAGACUUGUGUGGUCGGGAAGGUUCAUGUCGAUUUCAUUGAGCUCGACAUGAACAAGACGCUGGAUGAAAAUGACGUGCUCGAUGACUCUGAGAUCUUUGACGAGCUAUCAGUUCCUUCUGACUUUUUCACUCCUGUCAUUCACUUAUAUUAUAAUGAUGACUUAUCUUUGAGGUGAUAAAUUUUCAACUUUUUAGAACAAAUGUAGAUUCAAUCAUAGACUCUUCCU